GAUGUGUGGGACAUAAUGGUGGAUAGGUAGCUCGGUGACAGUAGCUCAUCGACUGGUGCUCGGUUUUUAAGUCGUCGCCGCGGAGCUCUCCGUCCGCCUGACUCGACGGCUACUCGCCCGAGCACGACACGUCUGGACGACGCCCUGGACCGCAACAAAAUGCCGAAUAUCAAAAUAUUCAGCGGGAGCUCGCAUCCGGACCUCUCUCAGAAGAUAGCAGACCGCCUGGGUCUGGAGCUGGGCAAGGUGGUCACCAAGAAAUUUAGCAACCAAGAGACAUGCGUGGAGAUAGGCGAGAGCGUGCGUGGGGAAGACGUCUACAUCGUGCAAAGCGGCUGCGGCGAGAUCAAUGACAAUCUGAUGGAGCUGCUGAUCAUGAUCAACGCCUGCAAGAUCGCCUCGGCCUCCAGGGUCACGGCUGUCAUCCCCUGCUUCCCAUACGCCCGGCAAGACAAGAAGGACAAGGUGGGGAGUCGUGCUCCUAUCUCUGCCAAGUUGGUGGCCAACAUGUUGUCCGUUUCAGGCGCUGACCACAUCAUCACUAUGGACUUGCACGCAUCGCAGAUACAGGGUUUCUUUGAUAUCCCCGUUGAUAACUUGUAUGCAGAGCCAGCUGUUCUAAAAUGGAUCAAAGAGAACAUUGCCGAAUGGAAAAAUUGUAUCAUUGUUUCUCCCGAUGCAGGAGGAGCCAAGAGGGUCACCUCAAUAGCAGACAGACUGAAUGUAGACUUUGCUUUAAUCCAUAAGGAGAGGAAAAAGGCAAACGAGGUGGACCGCAUGGUUCUUGUUGGGGAUGUAACGGAUCGGGUUGCCAUUCUAGUGGAUGACAUGGCUGACACAUGUGGUACAGUUUGCCAUGCUGCUGACAAAUUAAUUUCUGCUGGUGCCACCAAGGUGUACGCCAUCCUAACACAUGGCAUCUUCUCUGGCCCAGCUAUCUCACGAAUCAACAAUGCCUGCUUUGAGGCAGUGGUAGUUACAAAUACAAUUCCUCAGGAGGAGAAAAUGAAACAUUGUUCCAAGAUACAGGUUAUUGACAUCUCCAUGAUUCUCGCAGAGGCCAUCCGUAGAACUCACAAUGGCGAGUCUGUGUCAUAUCUGUUCAGCCAUGUCCCAUUGUAACAAAUGGUGUCUACCAUCCACCAUGUGCUUUUACACCAAAUAUGAUAAGACAGAAUUCCCUAACCCAAACACAACCAUUAGCAAAGAUGUUCUGCUAACUAACUGCAGAGGGAAACAAGACUGUCUAUCUGUCAUGUCUGUUACUAAUACUGACCCCAGUCACCAAGUUACCUUCCUCUUUAAGAGUGUCCCUUAAUUUCUGGGACAUUAAAGCAAAAGACAGCUACCAAUUUAGGCUGAUGUGUUUAUUGUACAUGAUUAACAGUUUAUCUUCUGUGGAUUUCGUCCUUUUUCAUAACCUAUACAUACAGAAUCUUUUGAUCACUUCACUGCUUCAUGAGUAAUUUCACAUUCUUGUCAAAAAUAUAUAAUUAAAUGACCAUUAGAGGAAUCCAGUGACCAUGAGAAUAUGGCAUAUAAAGCUGUUCUAUUUUCUGUUACAGUGAAGGGGUGCAGUCUUGAUGUUGCUCUGUCUGCUGUUUAAAAUAUUCUAAUUAUUAAUGUGAAUGUGUAUUGAACUAGUUUACAGUGCCACUGAAGCUCCACUCAACCACGAGUGCCUCAACGGUCUGAAAUGAAAUUACAAUUAAAUAACCUUCCUCAAGUUUCUUUCCCCUCUCUGGUACCUAUUUUAAUUUUUUCUACUAAGAGGUGAGCUGUCACAUGUCUUGCCUGUAGAAAUGUUUUAGAAUGUUUCUUUCAACUUUUGAAGUGCACUCAUUUUGAGUGGGGUUUUCCCAUUGUCCAGGGUUUUACCCUCCAAAGUCCUAAGUUAAAGAUGUUUCUGUAAAAAAGCUGUUGGGUUUUUAGCUUGGGGUCUCUGCAGGCUGGAGCUUCCUUCAGAACUGAUCACCUGCUGUGUUUAUUGUUUUUUUUUUUUUGUCCCGAGGAAGACUUGUGGAUGUUCAUAAUUAAACCCUGUUUAUUUUUUUCAGUAGGACAAAUGCACAUUUAUCUAAAGGUGCAUUCUUAAUAAACUGAAAUAUGUUUAAAACCAUAAA